AUGAGACGUACCUACGGAUCGAAGAAAGAUACAACGAAUGUUAUAGAACGUAGAGAUUUGUUGCAAAACUUGAAUGAAAAUGGUGCCGUAUAUGAUGCAUUUUCUAUUCAAAAUAUUAGGCAAACGAAGCGGGAGUUGUCCUGUGUCGGUUCCUCUAAUACGCUAGGCGUUGCCUCUAGUAAAGUACGUAAGAAGAAAUUUGUUAAAAGAAUAGUCAAAGAAGCUGAAAUUCCUUGUAGAGAAAAUACGUCUACAUCUUGCUACCUGACACCAGAUCGGUCCUUACGUGUAAAUAAACCGCUUGAUCCGUUCGACUUACUGCUUAUGUCGUCACCUGCACGUCCAGUGCAGUCAAGUUCCAGCAAGGUCGAAUCUGUUGCUAGCAAAGUUAAAGCUUUUGACCAACUCAUUCCAAAGAAAGAAGGCAGGACCUAUACGAGACGAAAGCCGAGAAAGGUCAAAAAGUUUAACUAUUCAAGUACUGAUUCUAGUUCUGAUUCAGAUAAAGAAAAUGUAGCUGACAGUACAAAUAUAACGGGAAAUACAUCAGAUAUUAGAUCACACAAGCUACAAGUAGAACCGGUAGUCAACAUUACCCCCAAAAUGAUAGAUGACUCUAUAAACAACAUUGUUAAUAACCUAUCCCUACUUAAUAAAUUAAAACAUAAAUACAGCAUGAAUGAUUCUAAUAAUAAAUCUUUCAAAUAUAGGAAUCACCGAUUGACAAAGAACUUACUAUCACCACUACUACAGAAAUCACCUUUAUGCAGUACCCCAUUCAAAGUAAAGUAUAGGGGAGAAUCAAUUUUUAAGUUUUCACCUAUAGCAGCCACUAAUAAAGAUUGUAGUCCAAAACAUGGAACUUUGGUUGAAAAUAAUGAUGAUAGUAACUGUAGUGUAAUACUUCUAAGUAAACCUAAGUUAGAUAGCCCUAAACUUAAAGAAAACCCACAGAAUUCUGAGUCUGAGCAUAAUAUUGAUGAAGAAGUCGAUAAUGAAAUAAAACAUCCUCAAAAAGAAAGUGAUAUUGAAGUAGAUAAAUCUCUGGAGGUACAGGAAACCUCUAAAAUAAUUUCUAAUGAUACUAAUACAAUUUCUACUGUUGAAAUAAGUUCCUUACAAACUACAGAAAUUGAACCACUUCUAGGUUUCCCAAUAGAUGCUAAUAAGAAGGCAGAGGAUAAAAAUGAAAACCAUGUCAUCAGUAUUCCACAUACAGAUGAUACCUUUGAUAAAAGUAGUUUUAUUGAUACUGAACUUAGUGCAAAUAAAGCUGAUUUAGAAGAAAGAAGUAUUAACAAUAGUAAUGAUUGUAGUAUAGCUGAAAUUGAAAUUGCUGAAAACCAAAGCUAUGGUGAUAAAACUAAUGUAAGUAAUGACAUAGAAAAUAAAAGUGAUGAUAAUACCAUACAACAUAGCAUAGACGAAGAUGAAAAUUCACUGUAUGAUACUUGUCCAAGUGAACAAAGCUCUAUUCAGACAUCAGACGAUAAGAAACAACCUGUGAUUCUGCUUCAAAGAAUGGAUGAGUCUUUAUUUUUCAAAUAUUAUCAUAAAAUGAAGUGUGAAGAAGAAAAUAGUGAUAGUAAUAGUAUAAAUUAUGAACAUGAUUAUAAAGAUUGCAAUGAUUCAAAAAAAUCAUUUAACAGUACUGACUUAGAAAGUGAUUUAGAAGAAAAUGAACUAGAGAAUAAGACUGAUAACUCUGAUGUUGAAAUAGAAUUAAAAUAUGAUAGGGAUGAUGAUAGUGAAGAAGAGAAAUGUAUGAGUUUUGUUACAACAAGAAGAAGAAAUGAAGUCACCAGUAACUCAAGGAUGUCAAUUUUCAAUGAAUCCAAUUACUCUUCAAGUACAGACUGUGAUAAAACUGUGCUUAGCAAUAAGGAAAUAGAAAAACCUGAUGAUAAUUCUUAUAUAGACAAUAAAGAAAUACUAGUAAAUUUAGAAAGUAAUAAUGCAGAUGCUACACUCGACCCAAAUAAAAGUUCCGAACAUUUAGAUGAAACUGUAUUAGAACAAGAAACAGGAAUGUCAUUUGUUACUACUAGAAGUAGUAAUAUGACUGAGAGAAGAAGUGCAAUAAGAGGCAAAAAGAGUUCUAUUAAUCCACAAAAUAGUAGAGUAUCUGAUCGACAAUCUGAUUUGCAUACAGGAAGUCUUACACAGGAGUCAGAUAUGUCUAGAUUUUCUUGCUUGGAUUCAAAACCAUGCAUUGUACUGCAGCCUGGUAAGAGAUGGGAAAGAUCUUUAAGUAUUUACAGAAGGAUGACAAUGAUGACUGAUCAUUUUGAUAGAUCCAUAUUAGAAGAAGAAGCUACCUCAGCUAAAGGUCGAAAAUAUAGGCAAAGUGUAAUUAGUACUAUGGAAAUGCAGGAAUUUAAUAGUAAGUAA